UUGGGCGUUGGGCUUGGACUUGAGGCCCACAGCCCAGCAGCAGGUCAGCAGAGAGCAAUCAGAGCAGCAGAAAGCAGCCAAGUGGAGCCAAGUCAUCCUGUGACAUCUCACUCUGAAGCCACCAUGCCCAGGACCAGGCAGAACAGUCUUCGAGGGUCCUCAGGUCGCCACCGUCGCUCCCGCACCUCCAGAGCCGAGCUGAUCUUUGCAGUGAGCCUGGUGGAACACCAUCUGAGGGAGGGUAGCCGUGCCNGGAGGCUCAGUGAUACGGUGCCCAUCUUCCUGGCAGCCGUCCUGGAGUUCCUCACCCGCAGGCUGCUGGAGCUUGCGGGCAAUGAGGCCCAACGCAGAGGUGCCCAGAGGCGCAUCACUCCUGAACUGCUGGACUUGGCGGUCUACAGCAAUAUGCUCCUCAGUGAACUGUUCCAGUUCACCACCAUCUCCCAGGUGGCAGAAGUCCUGGCACUGGCCUUCAAAGUGAGUGGGAAAGAUGAGAGUCCGCAAGCAGAAGUACAACAUGAUGGCAAAGGCUGUCCUACCAGUCCCAGCUGCCACCCUGAGCUCAUGGUCCUCUACCCAGAGACCACCGGGCACCUGUUACAGGAGCUUCAUCUUGACUGGGUAAAGCUCCUGCCCCUGCUCUUUUCUGACUGUGAACUCUCCCCAAGCGAACUCUCCUCAUCUCAACUUUUGAACUCAUAUAUGGACGCCCAGUCCUAA